GGGCUUCUUGACCACCACGAAAAUGGAAGUGUCCAAGUUGGAGAGUUAUUACCUUGCAAGAUUUGUGGAAGAACAUUUUUUCCAAUGGCAUUAAAAAAACAUGGACCCAUCUGCCAGAAAACUGCCACGAAAAAACGGAAGACUUUUGAUUCAAGCAGACAAAGAGCUGAAGGAACUGAUAUUCCAACAGUAAAACCUCUUAAACCUAGGCCUGAACCACCUAAGAAGCCAUCUAACUGGAGAAGAAAACAUGAAGAAUUCCUUGCUACCAUAAGAGCUGCCAAAGGCGUUGAUCAGGCGCUUAAGGAGGGGGGCAAGCUUCCUCCUCCCCCUCCCCCCUCCUACGACCCUGAUUAUAUUCAGUGUCCAUAUUGCCAGAGGAGAUUUAAUGAAAAUGCAGCUGAUAGACAUAUAAAUUUCUGUAAAGAACAGGCAGCACGUAUUAGUAACAAAGGCAAAUUUUCUACUGAUACCAAAGGAAAAGUGACUUCUCGUACACAGUAUAAGCCGCCGCCUGCACUUAAAAAGUCCAAUUCUCCUGGAUCUACACCAGGAUCUUCACGAUUACCGCAGCCGAGUGGCGUGAGCAAGAGCAUUGGAGGUGUGCCUUCAGGUAAAGUGUCUUCAGUUAGCAGCUCCUUGGGAAAUAAACUUCAGACCUUAUCUCCCUCCCAUAAAGGCAUAGCACCCCCUCAUGCAGGUACUAACAUCAAACCUCGAAAUUCCACGCCACCUAGUUUGGCACGAAAUCCUGCCUCAAGCGUACUUACAAGCAAAAGAAAAACAUAUGCUGAGAGCUACAUGGCCAGGCCAGAUGGAGACUAUAUAUCUUCACUCAAUGGUGGGAACAUUAAAGGCAUUGAAGGAAAUUCAUCUGGACACUUACCAAAAUUCUGCCAUGAGUGUGGGACGAAAUAUCCUGUAGAAUGGGCAAAGUUCUGCUGUGAAUGUGGCAUUCGAAGAAUGGUUCUGUAAACAAAAUCCCAAAAGAAAAAGAGCUAAGUCCAGAAUUUUAUGACUAUUGCUGCUUCCAGCUAGAGCACUUCCUCUAGUUAUUUUGUGCUAAAAUUCUUCAAAAUACUUUUUUCAGCAAUUUUGGGAGCAUAAUCCUUUGGCUAUGUAGUGUGUGUGUGUGUGUGUGUGUGUGUGUGUGUGUAUGUGUGUGUGUAUAUAUAUAUGUACAUAUACUGUAUAUAAUAAAUACCUGAUACCCCAAACUGUGCCAUUCAAGGAAAUAUUUGCUUAUCUGUCAGAAAAUAAUUUCAAGUGGAAUCGUUAACUUAGGUAUUACUUUUAUAUUGCUGUCGUUAAAAGCCAGUAAGUACACAUCUACAAACCCUCAGACUCUAGUGCUCGCCCCCUCACGCUUUAGGAUGAUUAUUACUUUGAGCAAAAAAUCAAACAUUUUUAUUAUUGGUGCCUAUUUUCACAUAUUAUUGGUAUCUACUAUAGUAGGAUGGGAUGCUUGGAAUUUUGGAAUUGAAGAGAAUAUUUUUAGUUACAAUUAGUUAUGUGAGGUCAUUUUCCUAUAGAGCUCUUCAACAGUUAAUUUAUAAAUAUUUUAAAAAUAGAAAAAAAAAACCUUAAGGUCUAUGUUACCCUUAACUAGGUAUAUGAAUAAUUAUAUAAUUUAAAUAUCUUUACUCAUUCUCUGAAAACGUAAUGCAAUUUCCUUUUCAGAGACACACGGCUGAAAAUACAAAUAUAUCUUAUUCUAGUUAUAGCAGAAUGUUUUUUUUUACCUCUAUGUAUUAUUUGAAACUAUAUUCCUUUUUACUUCUAACUGCGUCUUCAAAAGUUUCACUUUUCUUUCUAUAACCUCAUGACUAAAGAGUAGUUUUAAUUUACUACUUCAUUUUUACAGUUUGAAAUGUAAUUAUUUAAUAUAAAAAUGCAGAAAUUUCCUUCAAAAUCUUUCCUGUUUUUUUUCUAUGUAUCUAAAUGUAGAAGAAAUUACUUUAAUGGAUUUUAAAACAAAUCGCCUCACCUAAUAAAUAAUAAUUUGGGUAAAUAAUCAUUAGUGCAGGGCACAGAGGUAAAAGUAUUCAAAUUCAGUCCCUUGAAGUAGUUAGAUAUAGUUAUGACUAGGUUAAGAGAAUAUCUAAUUUUUCCUACUCAUAUUUUCUUUUUAGUUUUUAAUGUUGAAACACCAUUCACAUGACAAGGUACUGAAAAUGCAUUGCUUUAGUGCAUACCUGCUUAUUAUGUGAUUAAACAUUCACAAAAAUUUAAGUAUAUCUCUUUAACUUUGGCUAAAAUACAGCUUUUGAUCAUUGUCACACGCAGUGUAAUACAGUAUAUAGUACUAGAUCUCUGCUUGUGCAGCCACAUUCAGUAAUUCAGUAGUAAUUUCUGCUGAAUCAUACCUAAUAGCUUUGAUCAUAUCGUAAGGUACAAGCAAAGCUCUCAUGGGCCAUUUCUAGCUUCCUGUUUAUGAUUUUGAUCAACUAUAAGCAUCAGUGUAGAAAUUGGUGGCUUAUAGUUUUCUCUGAAAUUCAUUUAUGCUUACACUUUAUAAUUUUAUUCAUUAGUCUUUAUUUUUUCAUUCAGGCAGGGGAUAUCAACUUAAUGGUAAUGGCAAUUGUCGUUUUACUUGCAUUAAUUGUCCUAAUUGUUAUCAAUCACAUGAAGAACUUUAACUCUUGUUUUAUCUAGAAUGGAGUUCUAUUUUUUUUCAAGUGUUUUUUAAGACCACAUAAAUUUUCGUCUGCUCAAGGAAAGAGUAAAUAAAUGAGCUUAAAUAAAGUGGCACGUGUUUUGAGUCUCACUGAAUUUUUUAGCAAGUAAAUGUUAUAAUGUACUACCUGGAAAAUGAAUUUGUUAAUAAAUCAUCCAAUUCCAGAACACAGAGAUUAUUAUAUAUAGUAAGUAGGUGAAAUAGAUUCACGAAUUAUGAAACAUGUUAUGACAUUGUAUUUAAAUGCAUUUUUUAUAUUACUUGCAUAUAUUAUUCUCACAUUGAUUUGUUGUGCAAUAGUUCAAUUUCUAAGAAAUUUUCCUAGAUCUAUGCAUUUAUUUUAUUUUUAUUUAUUUUCACAAGUAUUUGCCAGUGUGGUAGAAUUAAAAAAAGAUUGUAAGCUUAAAUUAAAAUGUAAAAAUUGCUUAUAUAUCAUUCCGAAAGUUAUUAGCUUGGAAAACUAAGAUUAUUAUGACUGCUGUUUUCUCUUGUUCACUGUUUUUAUAUUACAAAUAAUGUUUUCAUUUUUUAACCUAUUCAAUAAAGACAUGAAACCAAA